UUACAAUGUUGCAAGCUGACGUAAGGACAUUACAAGGAAAGGGCUACAUUUCGGAGUGUUUAUGAAAAGCCGCGGUACUGUACUGUCACCAGGGGGCACGCAAUAUAAUGCAUUUCGCCAAACAUUUUGGAUAAUAAUCAUUUACCAACAACAACACACAAAAAAGCCCCAGCUUGCCUGGAGCUCGCAGAGCCAGAGAGGAGCCAUGCAGCCAAAGUUUGGGAAGCCCUUUAUUAUUUUUCUGACAUUGCGAGCUCGCCCUUGAGGAGCUGUAAUUGCAUUAUCUGAUUUUUUUUCCACCCUUCUUCUCUUCCCCCCCCUUCCCCUCCCCGCUCCGUCUCUCGACAUUGCAAUUUUUUUGCUUGCGUUUUGGAAGGAGAAACCGCCAGCUACCGAGCGGCAGGAGCCGCCGCCAGCCCUGCUCGCUUGCCUGGGAGUCCAGUGUUGUUUUGAAGGGAGCUCAGCUAACAUGGCGACGGUGCCCGUCUAUUGCAUCUGCAGGCUGCCCUACGACGUAACCCGCUUCAUGAUCGAGUGCGAUGCCUGCAAGGACUGGUUCCACGGCAGUUGUGUUGGCGUAGAAGAAGAGGAGGCACCAGAUAUUGAUAUCUAUCAUUGUCCGAACUGUGAGAAAACCCAUGGAAAGUCUACUUUGAAAAAGAAAAGAAAUUGGCAUAAACACGAUACCGGGCAGUCAACAGAGGUCAAACCCGUACAGAAUGGGAGUCAAGUCUUCAUAAAGGAACUUCGAAGUCGAACUUUUCCAAGUGCUGAAGAUGUGGUGGUCAAAGUGACCGGAAGCCAGCUAACAACAGAAUACUUGGAAGAAAAUGGAUUCACAGAGCCUAUCCUGGUUCCGAAGAAGGAUGGCUUGGGCUUAGCAGUACCCGCACCUACAUUCUACGUCAGUGAUGUUGAAAACUACGUCGGACCAGAAAGAAGUGUUGAUGUCACUGAUGUCACCAAACAGAAAGACUGCAAGAUGAAGCUGAAGGAGUUUGUUGAUUACUACUACAGUACCAACAGGAAAAGAGUUCUCAAUGUAACUAACUUGGAAUUUUCAGAUACAAGAAUGUCCAGUUUUGUAGAACCACCAGACAUCGUUAAAAAGCUGUCUUGGGUGGAGAAUUAUUGGCCUGAUGAUGCUCUGCUGGCAAAACCAAAAGUGACCAAGUACUGCCUGAUAUGUGUGAAGGACAGCUACACAGAUUUUCACAUAGACUCUGGAGGGGCAUCGGCUUGGUACCACGUGCUGAAAGGAGAAAAGAUAUUUUAUCUCAUCAAACCGGCCUCUGCAAACAUUUCCCUGUAUGAACGCUGGCAGUCAGCAGCAAAUCACAGUGAGAUGUUUUUUGCAGACCAAGUGGAUAAAUGUUAUAAAUGCACAGUUAAGCAAGGACAAACGCUCUUUAUCCCAUCAGGUUGGAUUUAUGCAACUCUCACACCUGUAGACUGCCUAGCAUUUGCGGGACAUUUUCUACAUAGCCUAAGUGUUGAAAUGCAGAUGAGAGCGUACGAAGUGGAAAGGCGGUUGAAAAUUGUCAGCUUAACCCAGUUUCCAAACUUUGAAACAGCAUGUUGGUAUAUGGGAAAGCAUCUGCUGGAGACAUUCAAAGGUUUGCACAAAGCUGGGCAGCAGCCUCCUUCUCAUUUAGUCCAAGGGGCAAAAAUUCUUAAUGGUGCUUUCAGGUCGUGGACUAAAAAACAGGCUCUAGCCGACCAUGAAGAUGAACUCCCGGAACAUUUUAAACCAGCACAACUUAUCAAGGACCUUGCCAAAGAAAUAAGAUUAAGUGAGAAUGCUUUCAAAGUCAACAAAACAGAAGUCAGUGCCAAUGUGAAAGUAGAGGAAAUCUGUCCUGUGGAGAAGCAGGAAGUGCCCUCGCCUGUACCAGAGACUCCCCCUCUGCCACCCGUAGAAAAAGUUCCGAAAAAAAAGACUCCAAAAGCUGUGAAAACCCCUAAGCCUCCUAAACCGCCCAAGCCCCCCAAACCUCCCAAACCGCCCAAAACUCCAAAAGUCAAGGGAGAAGGGAAGAAGAAAGGAAAGAAAGUGAAGGAAAGCCCGCCACCCGCCAUUCCAAAUCUGGACCUGCUGGAGGCGCACACGAAAGAGGCUUUGACAAAAAUUGAAACGCCAAAGAAGGGGAAGGCUGCAAAGAAUGUUUUAAGUGUUCCCAAUAAGGAAGUUGUUAAUAAGCAAAAUGAGGUGGAGAAAUUUGAAAUUCGAGAGCACAAUAAGAGCAAAACGGAAGCCAAAUGGAAAUAUAAGAACAGUAAACCAGAUUCAUUAUUAAAAAUGGAAGAGGAACACAAAUUGGAAAAGACACCUUUAUCAGGAAAUAAGGACAAUAAAUUUACAUUUUCUUUCUCUAACAAGAAACUGCUUGGAUUUUAUAAUACUUGUCUCUAUAGUUCCAAGGGAGUCAAAUCCCAGUUGAAUCCUGGUGUGUUUGGGUCACUGCAAAAUUUUAAAGAAGAUAAAACAAAACCUGUGCGAGAUGAAUAUGAGUAUGUGUCAGAUGAUGGCGAACUGAAAAUUGACGAAUUUCCAAUUAGAAGAAAGAAAAACACUACAAAGAGAGAUUUACCUUUUUUAUCAGAUAAAAAAGAAACGCUACAGCACACACCAGUUAAGAAGCCAAAGGUGGAGUCAGUAUUGUAUAAGAGUGAUGAGUCAUCAGAUGAAGAUUCGCUUCACAUUGACACAGAGGCAAAGCCAGGCCGCAACUCCAAAGUGAAGAAAGAGAGUGGAAGUUCGGCAGGAAUUCUAGAUCUUUUGCAGGCGAGCAAGGAAGUUGGGGGUUUAGAGUACAACACCAACAGUCAGCCACCUGCAUCUCCCAGCACACAGGAAGCAAUCCAAGGAAUGUUAUCAAUGGCAAAUCUCCAGUCUUCUGACUCCUGCCUGCAGACUUCAUGGAGUGCCAACCAAGCUAAAAAUAACACUAUCUCAGCCCAAAACUCAAAAAAACCUGGGAGCAGUAACAACAAAAAUGCAGGCAAGCACUUACUGAAGAAGAGCACAAAAAACAGCAUUGACAUUGAAGACUAUGACGACCAGGACCACUUAGAUGCCUGUUUUAAAGAUUCUGAUUACGUUUACCCAUCUUUGGAAUCUGAUGAAGAUAAUCCAGUAUUCAAAUCACGAUCAAAGAAAAGAAAAAGUUCUGAUGAUGCUCCCUACAGCCCAACAGCAAGAGUUGGCCCCUCAGUACCUCGACAAAACAGACCUGUCCGAGAGGGUACAAGAGUUGCCUCCAUUGAAACUGGACUGGCAGCAGCAGCGGCCAAAUUAUCCCAGCAGGAGGAACAAAAAGGCAAGAAGAAGAAGAAUACCAAAAAGAAGUUGUCCCCCAACAACACAAAUAAACUCUCUCAGGAAGGCAGCUCUCCUGAACCCAAAUUGGAGUCCCAUGCCAGCAGCCUAGCAGAUCAUGAAUACACUGCCGGGGCAAGCACGUUUGGGGUCGCCCAAGUAAACAGAGGCUCUCAACCUAUGGCACCUGGAGUUUUCCUCACCCAGAGGAGACCCUCAUCAUCAUCACAGAAUAAUGCAGCUGCCAAAGGAAAACGUACAAAAAAGGGCAUGGCUACCGCAAAACAGAGGCUUGGGAAGAUUUUGAAAAUCCAUCGGAAUGGGAAACUUCUCCUUUAAUAUUUUGAAAACUGGGACUUGAUCAAAGCUCAGUAAUUCCUGAGCCAACACUAACUCUUCAGCUCUUGAAGGACUUCAGUAGUAUUGUGCAUCAUCUUAGGGACAAUACCAGUUAACUUUUUGCCACCACUUUAAUAAUUGUUUUUAACUUUCAGCAGUUAAAGUGUACAGAAUACUGCUAUAAAUAUUUUUUAAUAUAGAUGUCCUUUCUCAAAUUGCUGAGAGUGACUAGUUCGCAAAAAGUUAAUGAUAAUCCAAGAAAUUGAGGAUCAUUCCAAUUUUAGGAAAGUAUCCCUUUAACUUGUUCAUAAGUGGAAACCAGUUGUUUUAACAGAAUGAACAUCCAUUUCAGUUACAUUUCACUUAAGAAAAAAAGAGUACUAUCUUUAAAGAGGUAUCUGGUCAAAGAGCAGGAGAUUAAAUUUAAAAAUUCUGCAUUUGUCUAACAAACAAUAUUAAAAGGUGGGGGACCUUAAAUUUGAUUGCUGGAGACAUUUCCCCAUGCUAUAGCGAAUGCAGAAGGUAGUCUGCAUAAUGUGAAACUUCAUUAUCUCACCCUGAUCAUGAUCUAGAUGUGUUGGAGGAGCCAUUAUUGCACUUGAGCACUACUCCAUGCCUCUCAGAUAGCUGCUGGUUGGACAACACUGGGUGCACGAGGCAGCAUUUGUUAUGCACAGUGGGAGCUGGUUUACUGCUUGGUUCAUAACUGGCUGGAAAUUUUAGCUCUAUGCCCGAGGGCCAGUUUUUGUAGCUAACUGACACACAUGAUGGUACAAUAGCUUGUGUCAGUGUAGAAAUCAAAGCACACAAAGAUGUGUUGCAGACCUUGCAGUCACUAACUGCAGUACAUGAGGUCAAGCUCUGCUUCUUCACAUGCAGUUUUUGACGUUUAUAUCAAAGCACUUCUUAUCAGAUACACUUACUUUGGGAAGGAGGGCUGCAUGCAUCCAGGUGUCAGAAAGUGGGAAAGUUUAGCUUAUUGACAAUUUGACUGGAUACUUUUUUGUCUUUUAACUCUUUUAGUGUUUGGUGUAGAGUGCAUUAUUUUACAUUAAACUGCUUGUCUGCAUAUAAACACUUGAGGGGUUAAAUUUGUUUCUCAGGCAAUCCCGUAUUUUAAUUUUUAGAUGUGUUUACUAAGGCAUAUUUUUCAUAGAAUGUAGCUUGUACAUAGCUUUUUAAAUAACUUUUUUUAUAAAAGUAAAGUAUCUUUAGACAUUUCUUUCUAUAGACUACUUCAUUAACAUUUAUACAAGUCAUUGCUGAGUAUUAUCAGUUGUAUUUUAGUUUGGUUUUAAAAGGGUUGGGUGGGGUUUUUUGUUUUUGUUUCACUUUCGGGGGGGGGGAGGGGCUGGGAUUUGGGCGUUGCCUGGAAAACAAGUAAAACUUUGUGCAGCCUUAUAAAAUGUCUUAUACAGAAUCAAAUAGUACAAAAUAAUCUAUUUAAGACACAUUUUGAAGAAUAAUCUUCAACUUUAAUACCAGCUGUUUGUUUUAAUUCUUGUAUUAUGAGGGGAUACAGUUAUUUUACUAGCACCUUGUGAAGUGUUUGUGUUUUGUGAUGAUGUAAUUUAUUAAUGUUUGUAGCUUUUUAUAUUUGUACAUUUCUUAUGAGCUUUGUUUAUAUACACACAUUACCUGGAUGUGAUGUCCACGGGAGGGGGAAAAAAAAAAAAGCAGCUACAGGAAACAACUGAGGCCUUAUUAACUAACCUUUAUACUAUUACAGUGGGACAUAGAUUCUGAAUGCUAGGAGUCUGAGAAAGUUAGUUGAAUAGGGCCCCAGAUUUAUGCAGAGCAGGGUUUUUAAGCUUCCUUAGUAUACUGUUCUUGUUGAGCAUUUAUAGAAUAUAACCCAGACAUCAUGCUGUUUUUUUAUUAUUAUUUUCGCAACAUGUACAUUUCUAACAAAGUUUAUUGUGGCUAUCUAUUACAGUGUUUUAUUUACUGAUUCAUAUCAAAUGCUCUUGUAUUAAGUCCAUGAAAUCUGAGUAAACUUAGAUCAAAGUUUAAAAAAAAGUAAAAUAUUUCAGGUUUUGUACAGAA